AUGUAUCGCGUGAUGGGACCAGAAGAGCUUUUACUAACAUUUUUUAACGAAACAUCCGGAGAGUUAAUUUUUAAUGAGGCGUGUAAAACGGAUAUUUUAGCGUACAAAAGUGGACUUGACAAGAAAGAAAUUUGGGCUUUAAGAAUGCUGGAUGCCUCAUCAAAAAUACCAACAGGGCUUUUGAUAGGAAAUUUUAUAGAAAUGGGCAUGUAUGAUGAGUGCAUGGAAGUUCAUGUAAAUAAAAGUGGCAGCGUAAUUCGUGGAAACCAUUGCACGUAUGUUCUUCACUUGUCAUACAAAAACAAAACUCUGCCCGUAAAUCCUUUAUUGUCGAUUUGCUUGCCGGUAUCCUGUCAGGAGAAAGAUUUGAGUAAUAUCGUGCACAAAAGAAUGGUGGAUACAGGAAGCUACCAAGCUUAUAACGUUACUUCAAUUGAGGUUCACUGUUCUGACGUACAUGUUCGAGAUACGACAGGCGCCAUUAUAACAGGAACCAUCGUAUCUGCCCUUUUCCUUUUGCUGCUGAUUUUCACGAUUAUCGCUCUACUCAAAGAAAAGAAAAUUCUUAAAAGUAAUGUAUUACAAGCAGUAUGCGAAUUGUCAUUAUACAAGAAUAUACGAAGCAUACUGAGUUUAAAUGACAACACAAAUUCCAUAUCCGCCUUGCAUGGUUUAAGAGCUAUUAGUACAACCGCGGUCAUUAUAGGACAUGGUUUUCUUACUAGAGCCAUGAAUUUACAUGCAAACAAUAUAGAAGUAUCUCAGUUUCCUCUAUAUUUAAAUAUUGUGUUGGCACUGGCAAUGUAUGCAGUGGACACUUUUCUUACAAUUAGUGGAUUUUUAGUCUCAUAUUCCUUUUUGAAGAAACAUACAUUGACGAAAGGAAAAUUGAAUUUUGGCAUAUUAACACCAACAAUAGCCGCAGCUGUUUUGGCAUCGAUAUACUUUAUACCAUUUUUUGGCUCGGGACCUAAAUGGAGAAAGAUUUCUAAAGACAUGGCAGCUGACGUAUGUAAGAAAAAGUGGUGGACAAUCUUACUGUAUAUAAAUAACAUCGUAUACAAAGAUAUAAAUUGCAUGCUGCAUUUGUGGUCAACAGCUGUCGAUAUGCAACUUUUUUGGAUAUCUCCAAUAAUUUUAUACCCACUUGUUAAGAAACCAAAACUGGGGUUAUUCGUUUUGAGUUUACUUAUCGCUGCUUCGAUUGCAAUACCUGUAGUAGUGAUUGCCACAAAUAAUUAUCCAUUCUCCUAUAAAACAAAUCUUAGAAAUUCGAAUUCUCAAGAAGGUCCAGACUUCCUGCACCCUAAUAAUCUACAUUUAGCAAUACCCAGGAACAACGAUGCGAACGUAGCAGGCUUCUGUUCCCUUUGGGGUGCUUGA